GGAAAUGUUUUAAUACCACUGGACGGAAACUUCCCACCGUUUGUCUCGUAACAGCACUGCUCGUAUAAACUUCACAGGAAAUCUGUCACACACUUCUUUCGCGAUUAGGAUUUUGCUUAAAGGAGAGCUAAUUAAAAAGGCAUAAAUAUGCAGAACUACGCAGAGGCGGUUAAAGACUUUGUGGAGAACCAUGCCACCGCGUUCACUGUUGCCUUUACUGCAGGAGCAGGCUUGUUGGCCUUGCGCCGGUGGAUGGCUGGGGCAGCGUGUCGGAGUAAGGUCAGGCUGGAUGGGAAAACGGUCCUCAUCACGGGAGCCAACACUGGCAUUGGGAAAGAGACGGCCCUGGACAUGGCCCAGAGAGGCGCCAGAGUGAUCCUAGCCUGCAGGGACAUGUCCAGAGCCCACAUUGCAGCCGAUGAGAUCCGUCAGAGAAGUGGGAACGGCAACGUGGUGGUAAAGAAAGUGGACUUGGCCUCGCUGCAGUCCGUCAGAGACCUGGCUAAAGACAUGGAGCAGAACGAGCAACGCUUGGACAUCCUCAUCAACAAUGCAGGUGUUAUGAUGUGUCCUAAGUGGAAAACGAAGGACGGCUUUGAAAUGCAGUUUGGUGUCAACCACCUCGGACAUUUCCUGCUGACCAACUGUCUCCUUGACCUGCUGAAGAAAUCAACCCCAAGUCGAGUUGUCAUCGUUUCUAGUCUGGCACACGAGAAAGGUCAAAUACACUUUGAUGACAUCAACCUUGAUAAAAACUACAAACGAGACAUGAGCUACCAGCAAAGCAAGCUGGCUAAUGUGCUCUUCUGCAAAGAACUGGCUUCAAGACUGCAAGGCACUGGCGUGACCGUGUACAGCCUUCACCCAGGAGUCAUCAAAACCGAGCUAGGUCGCCACUUCUUCCCUUCUUUACCCCUGUGGAAGCAGCUGCUAAUGCUACCGUUUCUAAUGCUGAUCAAAAGCCCUUGGGAAGGAGCCCAGACCACCAUCUACUGCGCUGUAGAUGAAAGCCUGGCAAACGAGAGCGGCCUCUACUACAGUGACUGUGCCCUCAAGUCGCCAGCACCGCAGGCGCAGGAUGAGGCUGCCGCUAAAAAGCUGUGGGACCUCAGUGCUUCCAUGGUCGGCCUGGCUUAAACCUGGCUUCCCAGUGCAUGCUGCAUCUUUACCCUCUUUACUUUGUUGGGAGCAGUACGUAUGGUUUACACAAAGAAGUUUGCGUGCACAGGUUCAUUGCUUUAUCUUUAUAUUACAAUUCUAUAUCAUCCGUGCUAGCUUUAUAACCACCAUGUGUUGCUGCAUAGUACAAAGGAUGUAGCUUUAAUCUACAUUCGUAGCUUUUUGGGUUGGAUUGUUUGCAGUUUUCGUACAUCUAGUCGUUCUGUGUCAAAUAAAACGUAAUACUUUAGACAUCCAUCCUGUGAUUUGAUGGAUGCUCCAAACCAACAACUGAAAAAAAUUUCUAAGGCAGUCACUCCUACAUUUGCUAUUUGCACUAAAAUAGUUGUUGCACGUCCACUUAGAGUAGAUUCUCUUUGAUCUUACUAGUGGUUAAACAAAGAGAGGUCCAGGUUUUCUCUGGAGAUGGAGAGCAGCUAUGAAGUGUGUGUGUGUGUGUGUGUGUGUGUGUGUGUGUGUGUGUGUGUGUGUGUGUGUGUGUGUGUGUGUGUGUGUGUGUGUGUGUGUGUGUGUGUGUGUGCGUGUGCGUGUGCGCGUGUGUGUGACUCUUUUGUUACUAAGUGUGAGAAUUACUCUGCGUGUGUUGAAGUGUACAGGGAAACAGUAACUGUGUCAUAUUUUUGAAUAAAGAACAAAUUUCCAAAGUGU